GGCGGCGGCUACUAUUGCUACCGAAUCCAUCGUGACCUGGGCGUCCCCCCCCCUCCACCACACACCCAGCCCCUCCCGCGCAGAGGCAAGGGAAGCCCCACCCUUUCAGGGGGGGGAUCGCCCCUGCAUGCAGCCCAGGUGCCCCUCUCGGGUCCGAUGGAGGAAGGGGGGGCACGAGAUUUGGUGGCGGCCACCCCCGGCUCUCUAGCCCUUAACCCCUGAACAGCCUGGGGGGGGGGGAAAUCGAAAGAGAAGGGUUAGGGAGAGAGGAAGGCAAGGAUCCUUCUCUCCAUAGAGAAUGAGUAGGGAGGCAAAGGCAGAAGGACAGAAGAAUCAGCAGAAAGGCACCUAAGGAUGCAAUCCUUCUUGCUCCCACUUAACUUGAAACCAGGUUCUGCGAAUUCCUUGAAGCUGCUUACUUAAAAAAAAACAACAGAUGAAGAAAGCACUAAUAGUCUUAUGUAGUCCUGCGUUCCUGACAGUGGCCAGCCAGAUGUCUCUGGGAAGCACAGAAGCAAGGAGGAAAGCUUGUCACUUGUGUGCGUGCUCAACAAUCUGAGUGUUUAAGGGUAGACCGCUCCUGGAUGUGGAAGUUCAGCUAACAUAAGCAUCUUCUCCAUUGACUGACCUUUGAUAAGAGGCUCGCCUCCCAUGAAGUUCUCAUCUAACCCCUUUCCGAAGCCAUCUAAACACUUGUCAUCCUAUCUCGGUGGCGGUGAAUCCUGUGGAGCGGGAAGCAGACAGAGUGCUUGGCAUGUGCCAGGGGUUAAUCUCCAUGCGCACCAUGGCGCCCCAAUGGCCCUGCUGGGAAAUUCUCCCUUAGUGGAACACCAAUAACUCUUCCGCCUCUUCCAUCUUCCCACAGUGGAGGACCUUUGUCGUUUUGGGGGUUGCCCACCUUCACAACAGCGUUUACUGAUUGGCAUCAUGCAGGAGAACUAUGACAAUGUGAUCUCACUGGCAGAGGAAAUUGCGAUCAGCUGGCCCCGGAUAACUGCUUUUGCUGAGUCCCAUAGAAGGAGAGGACUGGUUUCUGAAAUGGAGCCUGAUCAGGGCCAGGUGGAACUGGCCGAGAUUCGGGACGUGACAGGAGCUGGCCCAAGCGAAGGCGGAAUGAAUGCUGACCUCCGCCGGCAACUGGGUCUCAUCCUGCAGACAGCUGGCCGGAGCCAAGUGGAGAAGAUGCUGCGGGAACUGGUGAAGGAGCAGAGCCAGGAAGGGAAGCGCAGAGUCCGGAAGAAGGUGCCCAAGAGCCCCAAGGAUGAAGCUGCCGAAGAGGGGGAAGAAGAACCACAUCCAGAGGAAGAAAACCCAGAGGCGAUGGUGCCCUUGGGUUCUCCGUCCGGGAGACUGAACAGUCCUGAUGAGGGGGACACCCGGGGCAGCCACCGCCAGCUGGAUCUCCAAGAGGAGCCGCCGUCCCAAGGGCCUGCGACACGUCAGCCGGAUGGGAAGGCUUCCAAGAAGCUCAAAGAUCGGUGUGUGGCCUCUGUGGGAGCAGAAAGGCCAGGCCUGUGUGUCGAGUGUGGGAAGAGGAAUUUGGGCAGUGCUAGGCGGGGGCACGGCACCCCCACUCCGGAGAGGCCGCACCAGUGCACGGAAUGCGGGUGCUGCUUCCGACAGCGCUCCAUCCUGGCCAAACACCGAAAGAUCCACACGGGGGAGAAGCCUUACCUCUGCACGGCCUGUGGCAAGUGCUUCAACCGCAGCUCCAACCUGGCCCAGCACCAGCGGGUCCACACGGGGGAACGCCCUUUCCCCUGCCCCUCCUGUGGCAAAGCCUUCACCCAGAGGUCGGACUUGGAGCGUCACCAGCGGGUGCACACGGGAGAGCGCCCUUACGCCUGCCAGGACUGUGGCAGGCGCUUCUCUGUCAGCUCCCACCUUGACCGGCACAGGCGCACCCACCGGCACAAUCCCCGGGAGGAGGGCUUCCCGGCGGUGGCUUCCCUUCUGGCGCCAGCCACCCACUGCUGCCCGGACUGCGGGAAAUGUUUCGGACAUCGCACGGCCCUCUCCAAGCACCGGAAGACUCACUCCGGAGAACGCCCCUACCCGUGCGAUGCCUGCGGCAAGCGGUUCAGCCGCAGUUCCAACCUGGCCCAGCACCAGCGCAUUCACACCGGGGAGCGCCCCUUCUCCUGCAGCGACUGCGGCAAGGGGUUCAUCCAGCGCUCGGACCUGGAGCGGCACCAGCGGGUGCACACGGGCGAGCGCCCCUACACCUGCGCCCAGUGCGGCCGGGGGUUCUCUGUGAGUUCCCAUCUUGACCGGCACCAGAGAGUCCACCAAGCCCAGGCGGCCGCCGCCUCCACCCACCGUUGCCCUGAACACGCGAAGGGCUUCCUUCUGAGCAAGGGAGGCAAGCAGGUUCUCAAACACCCGCUGUACAGCGGCAAGGGGCGCCUCACACGCAGCGGCCACUGCUUGGACUGCGGAAAGAGCCUGGGCAAGAUCUCGCCUCUGGCGCCGGCGCCGCCCGUGGAGAAGCCCUUCAAGUGUGAAAACUGCGGGAAAGCUUUCGCCCAGCGCUCGGCCCUGGUGAAACACCAGCGCAUCCACACGGGGGAGAAGCCGUUCUCCUGCCUGGACUGUGGCAAGGCUUUCAUCCAGAAGUCGGACCUGACCAUCCACCGGCGCAUGCACACGGGGGAGAAGCCCUACCGCUGCGACGCGUGCGGCAAGUGCUUCAGCGUCAGCUCCAACUUGUUGACCCACCAGCGGACCCACCUGGGGGAGAAGCCCUACGCCUGCGGGGAGUGCGGCAAAGCCUUCAUCCAGCGCUCGGAGCUCACCAUCCACCAGCGCACCCACACGGGGGAGAAGCCCUACAAGUGCAGCACCUGCGGCAAAUGCUUCAGCCGCAGCUCCCACCUCAACCGCCACCAGCGCACGCACGGCAACGACAAGGCCUCCGUGGCAGCCGUGCCCCCGGCCGCCUUGCUGGCUGCCAAACCGGCCCCUCCUCUGCCCAGCUCUGCCUCCUUCACGUCGCCCAGCCCUCUCCCUCCCUUGUCUUCCUUCCCCUUUUCCCCGUCUUCCCUCUCCCUUCCUCCUUUGGACCUGCCUUGGUCUCUGCCCUUUCCGUCCCGGGGCUUUUCCCACCCAGCGUUCUCUUCUCCUGUCCCAAGUGGCGUCCAGGCUUCUUCUUUAACCAACUAGACCCUCUCCUUUCCCCAUGACCCCCUCUCUCCAUUCCUUGCCCUUUGGACGUUCCUCUGUUUUUCCUUCCUCCAUCUCCACCAAACCCCUGUUAGGCCCUAAUUUUCCCCCAUCUCAUUCUGCCUUCCUCAUAAAGGAGCCGUCGCUCAUGCUCGCCCAUCUGGGUUUAUUUGGUUGUACAGACCUAGUUCACGUUGAGCCAUUAACCUCUGGGAACAUUGUGCAUCGUGGGCCACCUCUCUUUCCACUGGUGGCUACUUUGCUGAAAACCAGUGCUAACGGAGAGGGCCAGAGAGGUGUGAGAUUACACUGUGAGAAUAAAUUCUCUGUAAUCUGAGCUGAGAGUUGAGUUACGUAGACCAUCUUUUUUCAAGUUGCCGCCCUUGAGAUGCCUUGAGCUGCAAAGCCCAUAACUUCCAGUCAGCAUCAUGAUAGCUGCCAUAAUGGGGAAUGAUAUGUCUUGUAGCCAAGUACAUCAUGCUAGUGGGGGGGGGAUCUUAGUGGGAGAAAGUCUGUUUCACACCAUUAACAGCCUUCGCUUCAGGCAAGGAGGUCUUUAAUACCAGGGAGCGUUCAUACAGUCAUAUCAACUAACAAUGACAAAAAGACAAAAACAUUCUGGCACUUCAAAGAUAUGUUAUUUUUUAAUGUGAGUUUUUUGCAGAUCAAGCCCACUUCCUCAGAUAUUAGAAUGAGGAUGUAUGACUGGCCUAUUUGUACACGGACCCCGGGUCGAAAUGACAUGCUCUGGGGAGAAAAAAAACAGAUGGACUUUGUAUCAACUCGUCUUGGUACACCUGAUGUAAGCCCUUCUGCAUUCUGAUAUCUGAGGAAGUGGAUUUGAAGCAUGAAAACUAACACUAAAAUACUGCUAUUUGUCUUUAAGGUGCCACAUCCCUUCCCUCACAAGCAAAUGGUAGAAGCCAAUAAAAAGCUAAUUUUCCUGGUGCGUUCUGGUGGCAUGUUCCGCCACUGCUCUCCAUUCGUAGAAAGAAGGAAAAGGUUGGGUAUGACUGCCAGAGAUAACCAUAGAAAGAGGAAGAGGCUACACUUGGUGACACUGCUGAAUGUGCAGGCCAUUGGCAACUGCCCAUGGUGCCAGGCCCCGACACUGAUCCUGUUUACAUUAGAGAUGUGAUUAUCAUUCCAUCCAGUGCUUGGAAAACUCACUUGACUGAGCCUACAGUUGUCAAGAUCCCAUGGGAAGCGUGGCCACUGGCUUUCCCAAAUUCUCAUUCUGUCUUGCAAGGCAGUGAGUGGUUCCUUAACCCUAACCUUUGGUUAACCCAAGUGUUGCAGUGUUGUUGGACUAGAACUCCCAGAAGCCUUCGCUGCUAGCUGUGCUGACAAGAAUUGCUGGGAGUCGUAGUCCAAGAACAUCAGUAGACCCAAGGUUGGGAACCACUGUUCUAAGGGAACUGUAAGAAGGCAUGGCCUUCGUGUGCAGUAAGAUGAGGUGGGGAGGUAGCGAUACAAUCCUGAGGUGUUUAUUUUUUGUCACAUGUAGCACUUUAGAUACGGUGUGGGAAGGAUGGGGGAAAUAAUAUUUUUGAAUAUUUUUCUGCAUUACCGUCUUUAAAAUGAAAUAGUGGGUAUCCUGUGUUAGAAGACUUCUCCCUGAUGUGGGGAAGUGUUCAAUACGUAGGCAUUGGUUUGAAAUGGUACAAUCCACUUUCCUACCCAAUCCAGCCUCAUACUGCUGUGUGGAUUUGGGGCAUGGUGGGCAAAGUGCAACCUUCCAGUUGCUGAGCUGUGAAUCCCAGCAUCUUUCCCCAUGAGCUGUGCUGGCUAAGGAUGAUGGGAACGGCAUUUCAGUAAUAGCUGAUGGCAUGCAUUUUGCCUGCUCCUGAUUUAGGGAUUUGUAACUGAGAAUUCCAAGCAUUGUUACUAAACUAUAAUAUCCCAGACUCUUUUGUGUCGGGGAGAAAACAUAUGGAUUGGUAGCAAAUUCAUGUUGACGUUUCUGAGGUAAACAAGCCUGUAUUAGGGCUCCUUUCUGCCUAGAUUGGCAUGCUCUUCCAUUUUUGUGUCUUCUUGGUUUUGAUCUUUCUGCUGUUGGGCAAGCCAAUCUUUCCCACCCAACUUUUGAAGUCCUAAGGUGCUACUACCAUCCUCUUGAUUCUCUACAUUGUAUUGCAUUUACAGAAGAAAUGUGAUGAAUGUCAUACUUGGCGAGAUCGAAAAGGUGAGGGAUGGAUUUUCCUUGGUUGCUGCUGAAGGUCUUGCCUCCUCUGACAAUUGUAAAGCAUGCAACUUGUGCCUUGUUUUGAAACAUCUCUGGCGUCUCCUGCCGGGAAAGGAUUGUGGCUUUUGGCUGGGGACUGUGUGUACUCAGAACAGAAUACUAUCUUCAGGUCUCAAGUGUGAUAACAUCUCUCAUGUUCCAGAUGUUUUAUAGUUUAUCGUCAUAAUCAGGUCUGUGAAUUUGCGCAAACCGUAAGCAUUUCACAUAUAUAGACAUGGCAGCUCUUUUCUUCAUUCUUGUUGUUCUUGUUAAUAUUGUUUUCUGUUGUAGGGAGAAUUGUAUCAAGUGUAAACCUGGCUGUCGUUGUUGAUUUUGGGGGGCGUGGAGCAAAAUUUCUAAACUGAAUAAAAAUAAAAAUGAAACAUA